GUCGGAUCUGCGGGCGGUGUAAUUUUGCCUAUACCGAUGACGGAUUGAUUAAGAGGGGUAUGAUAAUUUGACUCAGAGAUCCUUCCAAUUGCGAUUGCGCCUAUAAAUUCACAUCCAAUUCUUCGGAGAACUUGGUGUAUACCUCUACGGAAACAACUUCGCCAACAUGUCCGCUGCUCCUUUUGACCUACAGCCGGGUCAGGUCUCCAUCUCCCCCCUCCUACAGAAGCUCGCGUACCCCACCGAGCACCUUCGUGUGGAUGCUGCAGAUAUUGCUUCAGCGUUCGCAUUGAUCUUCGAGGAUCGUCUCUCCGCUAUACAGACCGCUGCUCUUUUGACGCUUCUACAUUCUACCGGACGGGAUCGAGAUGCAGAGGUCAUUGCUAAAUGUUCUCAUCGCAUGCGAGAAGCGGCUAGUCAAGUCGACAGGCCCACCUUGAAAAGGGCCAUCAAGGCCCGCGGCAAGAAGGAGGGUUCUUACAAAGGAGGCCUGUGCGAUAUUGUUGGUACUGGUGGAGAUUCACAUUCCACGUUCAACAUUUCCACCACAUCCUCUAUCAUCGCCUCUCCGAUUAUCACGAUGGCCAAACAUGGAAAUCGUGCGCAGACCUCUUUCUCUGGAUCUGCAGAUGUCCUCAAUGCGAUCUCGCCUGUCCCCCCGAAGAUUUCCGCUGUCAAUGCCGAGAACCUUGCGCAGGUGUACGAGGAGACUAGUUAUGCGUUCUUGUUUGCCCCGAAUUUCCACCCUGGCAUGAUGUAUGCGAACCCAGUACGUCGUGCGUUGGGACUACGGACAAUCUUCAAUUUGAUGGGCCCACUCGCCAAUCCUGUCGACUGGGCCAUCGAGGCUAGAGUGGUUGGUGUAGCCUACCAGAGCCUUGGACCUGUCUUUGCCGAGGCCCUCCGACAGAAUGGAUGCAAAAAGGCAAUGGUCAUUUGCGGUGAGGAGGACCUGGAUGAGAUCAGCUGCGCUGGAAAGACGAACUGCUGGAAACUUACCGAAUACCCUAAUCCUGCCUACAAGGGCUCGGCAGAUGGUGAAACCUCAAGUGACGAGGACGAGCACCUAGUCCCCCGCACCCUGGUCAAAUUUGAAACCUUCCAGCUGCAACCAUCCGACUUUGGUCUGCCAACCCAUCCAUUAACUGCAGUGUACGGCAGAAAGAUGCCCAAAGACAAUGCAGCCAAGAUCAUGAGCAUUCUGCGGAACGAACUGCCUCGCGACGAUCCAAUCCUGUCCUUCGUUCUCAUGAAUGUGGCUGCACUACUGGUGAUUUCGGGCGUUUGUGAUUCCGACACUAGUAACAUGGGCCCCGGCGAUGAUGGCCAGGUGAUUACUGAGCGUGGACCAGGUGGUGGGCGCUGGAAGGAAGGUGUCAGACGAGCUAGAUGGGCUAUCGAAAGUGGCGCCGCCCUAAAGUGCUUAGAGGGAUUUAUCGAAGUGACGAACAAACUUCAGUAAAACAUUUCUUUUUCAAGUUCGGGUAUGAAUUUCUCUUGUUGGUUAUGUUUUCAACACAAAUUGGUCAAGAUAGAGGCAAUAAAUAAGAGACAUAUGUAUUGAAUAAUGAAAAAGUACACUUUACUCUUA